AUGGCUCGUACUAAGCAAACUGCUCGUAAAUCCACCGGUGGAAAGGCUCCACGUAAGCAACUGGCUACCGAGGCAACCAGGAAAAGUGCCCCAGCUACUGGCGGUGUGAAAAUACCUUUCCAGAGACUUGUUCGUGAAAUCGCUCAGGACUUCAAGACCGAUCUUCGUUUCCAGAGUUCUGCUGUGAUGGCUCUUCAAGAAGCUAGCGAAGCUUACUUGGUUGGUCUUUUCGAAGAUACCAACUUGUGUGCUAUCCACGCUAAGAGAGUGACCAUCAUGCCCAAGGACAUCCAGCUUGCCCGUCGUAUCCGUGGCGAGAGAUCUUAA